CGCCCUGCCCUGCUUGAGUUUGCAGUUGAGUGCGCCAGGGCAGCACGGCUGAAUUAUAUAACUUUAAUGUACUCACGGGUUGAACGGCGCAACAGCGGGACAUUGCGCCUCAGAUCUGUCGAUUCAUUGCGGAUUUGUGAGCAGAUUGCGAACUAGUGACCGAUCGAUCACUCCCCCGCCUCCCUCUCUUCACCCUCUACCGGCGACGUGCGUUAAAAGUUAUCGACAGAUCGGCGAAACGGCGCCGCACACGGUGGAUCGCCACCUCCCAGCGAGGUCAGCGACGUUGUUGACUUUAGAAAAUAGUUGAUAUUGCGGACGAUGUUUUCCUGCCAUACGGGGAGAGGGGCAGCGACAAAUCCAGCUGACAUUUCACCGCGCAACAUUACAGCAAGGAAGGGCUUUUAUUUGAGAGCUUGACUGUGUGGACAUUGCGUUAUUUCUCCGAUUUUUCUUUCCAACUCGGACUGACGGGAGAUGACCUGACCGGUGGAGUGCAUUCCUUUUUCACUACAGGAUAAAGAAAUGGAUCAGGGUGGACUGAAGCGCAAUGGUAAUCGAGACGACAGCCUGACAUUUGGGGAGACAGGAGUCACAGUAAGCGGAGAUACAGGUGACACAGCUGGUUCACUGCUCCAGUCUGCGAUGCACCUGCCCGGCUCCGGGUCUCUGCCCCAGCCCACGGUGGCCCCAAAUGGCAGGGCUGGAACCAAAGAGCAGGGGGAGUUCGGAGGCCUCUUUGAGUCCCCUCAGCGUCAUGCCCUGUGUGAGGGGUCCGACACAAAGGAGGGUAAAAUGAUCAGAAUGCAGAAACGACAACAACAGCAACAUCAGGAUAUUGGUAUGUUUAACAUGGAGGACAAUGUGCCGUUGCUGAACCAGAGUAUUUCCGAGCUGAGCAGGACGUCCACCUCUGUCAUCAGCACCUCAGACACCUCCGUCCUGGGCAACCUACCUCUGCCCGACCUUUUCCCCCAGCACAUCAAGCAGGAGGGGAGUUUUUCUCUGGAGAAGGACUUGGGAACUUACGGCGGACAUACGGGCGCUGGUCCUUGUGAUUUGGAUGGCAGCAGCAGUCGCCUGCUUGAGGAUACUGAGAUUUGGCAAGACCUGGACCUUCCUAGUUCGUUGCCAGAAAUCAGUGAUUUUGAGUUGGAUUCAGAAGUGGCACACUUGGAUAACAUCCUACAUGUCAGCAGCGGUGGUGGCGGUCCUGAAGGUGGCUUACUCAAGGAAACAAAGUCUCUGGUGGGUAACGGAGGAAACUGUACCAAUGUGAACGGCACGGACCAGCAGCACCCCACACACCAUCAUCAGCAGCAGCAGCAUCACCACCUACUACAGCACCAGCAACAUCCGCUUCACCAUCAACAUCAGCAGCCGCCAUCACUUCUCUCCACUGUCAUGAUCAAGGAAGAGAAAGAUCCCGACGACUCUUUCACCCACAUCCGUACUCCGGGUGUGGUCAAACAGGAGAAGCAGGACGGCGCUGGCUUCUGCCAGUCGCAGUGUCUCCAGAGUGGCAUGAGCUCUCUCCACGGAGGCCCCUUGACCUCACCCAUGGGAGUCAGCGCAGGAGCUGGCUUCCACAUCAAAGCCAGCCCGUCCUCCACAGUGGGCCUACAAGACCAGAAGCCUUUUGGCAUGUACUCAAACCUACUUCCAAUGGGGGAGAGCUGGGCCAGGGGCAACAGGUAUGGAGAGUCAUCGGGGAUACAGAGGGCCGAUGAUGGGCUCUCCUCCGCCACAGCCUUGGCACCUUUUUCUGUCAGCUUCUCCAGCUCAUCUCCCAGAACAGGAGAGAGCAGCAGUUCUGCAGUGCCGGGCCAAUCCAAGCCCAGUGGGCAGACCCACAAGAUCUGUCUGGUGUGUUCGGACGAGGCCUCAGGAUGCCACUACGGGGUCGUAACCUGCGGCAGCUGCAAGGUGUUCUUCAAGAGGGCCGUGGAAGGAUGGAGAGCACGACAAAACACAGAUGGACAACACAACUACCUCUGUGCGGGGAGGAAUGACUGCAUCAUAGAUAAGAUCCGCAGGAAGAACUGUCCAGCCUGCCGCUUCAGGAAAUGUCUUCAAGCCGGAAUGAACUUGGAAGCAAGGAAAAACAAGAAGCUGAUCAAGAUGAAAGUGCCCCGGCCCCCUGGAUCAUCCGAGCCCAUCAGCAACAUGCCUGUUCCAGUCAUCCCCAGGUGCAUGCCCCAACUCGUGCCCACCAUGCUGUCAGUGCUCAAGGCCAUCGAGCCGGAGAUCAUCUACUCGGGCUACGACAGCACACUGCCCGACACCUCCUCACGGCUCAUGACCACUCUCAACAGGUUGGGGGGACAACAGGUCAUCUCUGCAGUCAAGUGGGCCAAGUCACUGCCAGGCUUCCGCAACCUGCACCUGGAUGACCAGAUGACUUUGCUGCAGUGCUCCUGGCUCUUUCUAAUGUCCUUCAGUCUCGGCUGGAGGUCGUAUGAGCAGUGUAACGGUAGCAUGCUCUGCUUCGCCCCCGAUCUCGUCAUCAACAAAGAGCGAAUGAAGCUGCCCUUCAUGACCGACCAGUGCGAGCAAAUGCUGAAGAUCUGUAAUGAGUUUGUCAGACUGCAAGUGUCCUAUGACGAGUACCUGUGCAUGAAGGUCCUGUUACUGCUCAGUACAGUGCCAAAAGAUGGCCUGAAGAGCCAGGCGGUGUUUGACGAGAUCAGGAUGACGUACAUCAAGGAGCUGGGAAAAGCCAUCGUCAAGAGAGAGGAGAACGCUAGUCAAAACUGGCAGCGCUUCUACCAGCUGACUAAGCUACUGGACUCGAUGCAGGAGAUGGUCGAGGGUCUUCUCCAGAUCUGUUUCUACACCUUUGUGAAUAAAACCCUCAGUGUGGAAUUCCCGGAGAUGCUGGCGGAGAUCAUCACCAACCAGAUACCAAAAUUCAAAGACGGGAGUGUCAAGCCUCUGCUGUUUCAUCAGAAAUGACUGCCUUAAACUGUGAAGCAAUGACUUAAAUCCUCCUCCAGGAGCACAAUACCUGUGGCCUCACGCCUCCUAAUCUGGUCCCAGAUUUGGCCAAACUACAGUAGGACACCCUACUACCGACCUGUAGCCCUUCCUCUUGGCUAACCAAGAAGAAUUUGGCCUCCAGGGGGAAAUGUUUUGGCUCUGAAUGUCUUGUGGGCAGGCUGCAUUUUGGUGAUCUAUUUGUUUCCCCAAGCCCCUUACCUCCGCCUAUGUCUUUCCUGCCUCCAGUGUUUCACUGCUGUUUUCACUGACAAGCCAACACCUAGAACCACCUUUUCCUCAUUCAACAUGACACCAAACACACUGUCCGACUCGCUGGAUUAGCAGCCUGUUGAAGCUUGCCCCCAGUUUAAGCCUGAUGUUCCUCUGCUCACCUGCCCAGCUUGUCUCUGUUUGCCCUCCACGGCUCCACUGCGCGGAGAAUGUAGUGAGCGCUGGCUUGCUGUGGUUUCCAGAGAACUGGUGGCGACGAAGGGGACAAACAAAAUCACAGAAUAAUUAGAAACAUACUUUUUUUCUUCUCCCCCCCCCCCCCCGGACUCCAAGGACAGUGAGGACAAACAGUUUUCAGCUGUGAAUCAGUUAUCUUUUCUGAAAUGAAACAAAUCAGAUUUAUAUACCUGACCAAUGGAUGAAAAAAAAAAAAAAAAAAAAACAUAUAGAGGAAUAUUCUCCAUUUAUUUUAUGCAGGCACGCAUUUCUGACCACACAUGCAAAAGUCACUUACACACAUAAACAUACAAAGCAGACACAGACGUGCAUUCACACAAAUCAAAAUGUUUACACAGGAUGUAUCCGAGAAGGGAAAACCAGUGCCUUUUUAGCUUUUAAAGCUCUUCAUAGCCAUCCUCUCUAAAACCGUUGUGUUUCUUUGCAUAAGAAUGUAACCUUGACAUCCUUCCACAUAUUUUGUCUGUUUUAGUUUUUCCAUGCUGGCAAUUUCUGUUUUCUUUUCAAACCGCCAUGUUAGUGUUUUUAAUGUGGGCAGCUCUCUCUGUUCUUAUCCCCAGACAUGCACAUAAGGAAUAAGCCUUUGAUACAGAUUUGAUUUGAUUUAAGAUCUUCAAAAAAAAAAAAAAGACAGGAAAAGUAUCACCAAAUGUUGUUAAAGUCUCAAACAUUUCAUGUUUCUUUUCCCCUGUGUGAAGUACAUUUGAUAAGUGUACUGCAUUGCCCAAUUAGGAUCACAUUGUGUUGAAAGUUACAGGUUACCCAGGUUAUAUCAACAGAUAUAAUGUUGAACACACAUGCAAAUACAAACUUGUGAGAAGCUGCAACCAGCUCUGUGCUAAAUGGACACCACUGGAAUUUAAACAAGACAUAUCUGAUGUAUUGUACUAUUUAGGUGCAGACUGACUGACUGACUUAAACAUUACCGACUGUAGAUCUUGGAAUAAUCAGCGAGUUGUUAAUUGGAAUGAAACUUGUUUACGAACCUUUGCAGUUUAUUCAGGUGCAGUCACACCCCAAGGUGUCAAAAGUCCAAGGUGUCUGUGUGUUGAUAAGUAGCCAUAAUUCAAAACCGUCCUUUCAUUGCCAGCUGCAUUCAUGCUGAGGUUCCAGCUUCGUAAAUGGUUUCAUGCAACUUCAUUUUAAAAAAUAUGCUUUCAUGGAGCUCCAGUUGAGAUGACUUACCUGUCCGGGUUGGCAUGUUACCAUCUCAGAAAGCACAGCAAGUUCAAAUGAAAAAGGAAAUUAUUUGUGGUGUGUGUUGCAACCUAACAGGAGUACUAGACCAGUUAGAUUUUCUAGAUGAUAACAAUUCUCAAAUCUCUAAAUACUUAGAUGUUUAUUAAUUAAUUCUCUGGAAAUUAUUAAUUUCACAAUGCAGUACUCCUGAGAAGUAAAUAAAAAGCAUAUUAAUUUGUGAAAAAAAGUAUUUCUCUCAAAAUACCAUAAAUUAAAUAUAUCUUUUAAUCAGUUUCAUCUCAUUGUUUGCACAAACAGAAAAUUAGGUUAUCAUUAAGCUGAUCAGCUCAAACAUAACUGAAAAGGUAAAUAAAUAUAAUAUGCAUAUAUAUAUAUAUAUAUAUAUAUAUAUAUAUAUAUUUUUUGUAAUAUGAGAUGUAAAAAUAGAGACACCCGCAAUCAACGGAACCUUUGUUCUCAGCACAAGACUUCACCUCUAAAGUUGAAAUAUUUUUGCAGUUUGGUCCAAAUAAUUUGUGAAUUACAGCUCAGACUGACAAGCGAGCAUCACAUGGAUGUGUUCCACUAGUGCCAAAUGUAAUAGCAAGUCUAUAGAUAUAGAUAUAUAUAUAUAAUAUAUAUAUAUAUAUAUUUUUUUUUUUUUUUUUUUUUUUUUUUUUUUUUUUUUUCCUGGACAUGUGAAAAAGUGAUUAUUCAGUUGUAAUUUGACAUCAUGUGGUUCUUGUAACUUUGCUUAAGGGUGCUCAAUUAUGAGAAAGAGCUUAGUUCAGUGUCACAUCUACACCAGCUUAAAAGUAAUGAUUGUUAUCAUCUAAGUAAGUGUAUGAUAUAUAUAUAUAUAUAUAUAUAUAUAUAUAUUUCUUUUUUUGGAGAUGCACAAAAUAUUGUAUUUUUGAAAUUGCAAAAUAAGCAGUACUUUCUACUGCUGUCAAACAGGUGGUGAUCAGCAUUUGGUACAUUUGUGAUGUGGAAAUAUGAUUGUACCAGCUUAUGCGAUAGCCAAAGCAAAAUACAUGAACAGUGCAGUUGUACAUUGCCCCCCCCCCCCUUCAUAAUAGAUGCGGGUCUAUUUUCCUCACUGUUUCUUGUAACUGCCAGGCCUCUCUGCCUAAAAUGUCGACCAUAUAGAUUUUCAGCUGUUUACUCUGAAUGGUACUCGUCCUUCCGCAGCGCAUAACUCUGAAUGGCAGUUAACAGACCAGGUAGCAGGUUGCCAUAGAGACCGGUCAUUUGUGUGUUACUUACAGCUAACAGCACAGCAGGCUCUGGACGCAUACAAGCCGCUUUUCACUAAGAGCCAUCAUGUUUUUAAUCAGCCAUUCUGCCAAAGGAUGGCCACUCGCAGCAGGGUUGUUUCAUGUGCAGUGUCGGCUUUCAGCUUCACCUGCUGACAUGGUCUCAUUGGCCUCGGACUUGAUGUUGCUCACAACAUUGCUGAUUAUUCUGGGGAAGGUUUGACUUGUCUAUUUGUUUGGGUAACUUUGCAUUCAGUAUUACAGCUGUUUCCAGGUGGUGGUGCUUCAGAAAACCAGCUUUAACGCAUAGAUGUAACCAUAUCCCUGCUCAUUUCUAAAUGGCCAUAGGUGUAUAUAGCAGCGCCGACAUAUCCAGUGCAACCUUAACAGUGUCUAUUACUACAAAAUAUUUUUUACAUAGACCUAACCUCUAUACUCCUACACAUUUUUUCUUUUGCCUUUCAGCUUCAUGUUCGACUAAAGGCCUUGCGAAAGGGAGACAGAGAGCCAUAGAAAUAAGAUUUCAAAUCAGGAAAUAGAUAAACCCUUAACAAAUAUCAAUGCUUUUGGAGAUUGAUCUGUUGUAAAAAAUGACAAUAUUUUCUGUGAUUUUGAAUACAUCAGCUUGAUCCUCUUUGAUAUAAUGAUUUUACUCAAUCCUUUUUGUACAUUGAACGAGUCAGAAAGUAAAUAUUUUUCUGUUUGUUGGUUUGUGUUUGAUAAAAGGUAGAUGUGUUGAAUACAUUAGGAAGUGUUAAACAUGUUUGUCUUGUGAAGUAAAUGUAAAUUUUACGAGUCAAUGGGAAAGUCUACACGAAUGCUCACUGUGUUUUAAAGUUCUAUGGAGAGGAGGGGAGGAGGGGAAGGAGUCAGGGGUGGACUUGGGGAGGUUUUGUGUUAUAUAAGAGUGACCAAAGCAGAGGAGAAAAUGAUUUAACAAACAAAAAGAAGUAUUCAAGUAGUUACAUUUUAAGUAGCACUUAUUAUCCAGCUUGUAGUACUUCUUAUUGUAUUUGAAAGGUAUCUUUUGUAAAGGUCAAGGCUUUGGAUCCCAUAUAUAUAUUGCUGUGAGGAUUUACUGGUCACUUUAAAAUAGAAACCAAAACACACACAAAAAAAGUUGAAUCUCCGUGUGAAAGUAAAUCUGCCAGAGCCUAAUGGAAUUGCACUACCCUCCUACUGGUCGAUAAAGUCUAUUUUGUAUAAAAUACAAGCAAAUAUUAUCUUUAAAGAUUAAGGGCAGAUCAUGUUUCACUGGUAUAUAUGGCUAUGGCUUUCAUUGAAAUCUGUUAUGUUCGUAUUUCAGUUAUGUAAAUGUAAUCCAAUGUAAAAAAACAAACAAAAAAUAUAAAAUGUUUGUUUAAAAAAAAAAACAAUAGUUUGUAUUACUUCUGUAUUACACCUCUUCUGUAGUCAGUGUCGAUAUUUUCACCUAUUUGAUUAAAUGUUGAAUUAAGUUAUCUGUGUUGUUCUUUGACAUUGGAUUUGGCAUCCUGUUGGUAACAUCUUGGUUGAUGUUUUUGUCAUGACUGGUUAAAAGUGGAAAUUCGGAAGAACUGAUUUCUCUUUCGUUCAAACAUCUUACACAAUAAAGUUUUCUGUUUUCCAACACUCA